AUGGUCGCUGGCAGCGCAAAUGAGUACCAAAGCCACGUGGAGCCCUUUGGCGACGGCUUUAAGAUAAGACUCAUCUCGCCUGAUCUCCGCGUGGCGCUACUCACAAAGGGUGCCACACUCCACUCUGUGCAGUACCGCGUUCCCCCCACAUCUCCAGCCGCGGCCGUGGCUGACAAGGAUGGAUGGGUCGAACUCACACUCGGGUACGACACACCGGAGGAGUUUGAUCACGACUCAUCAUACAUGGGACGCACAUGUGGGCGUUAUGCCGGCCGUAUUGAGAAUGGUGAAUUGGUGCUGGAUGGCAAGUCCUACAAACUAUUGCAGAAUGACGGCAAGAACACUCUGCAUGGUGGUCCCGAUGGUUUCUCCAAGCGACAUUGGAAGUAUCUCUUACUAGAGGGGGAGGAGGAGAUCGGGAUUUCCUUUCACCUCAGUUCCCCGCAUCUUGAUCAGGGAUUCCCGGGUGAGGUGUUCGUUACGGCAACGUACAGCAUUCUGAAGAAUAAACCAGCAACCCUGAAGUGGAAUCUGCAGGCAGUGCUUUCCGAUGCCUCACCGGUGAAUACCACAACCGUCAAUUUAUGCAACCACGCAUACUGGAAUCUCAAUGGGGUGCCUUUUUCAUCAUCAUCACCAGCCCACCGGCAUUUACCAGAGAACAUAUUGAAUCAUCAUCUGCAACUUCAUUCCCAUUAUGUUGCAGAGACCAAGGGACUCAUCCCAACAGGAUUAAUGAACGAGGUGGAGGGCACACUGCAUGAUUACAGACGCUCUCGUCCAAUAGCGGAGGGUCUGGAGCAAACAGGGAAGGAGGGACGUGACCCACCAGGCUAUGAUGAUCCUGUUGCAUUGGAAACAUGGGAUUCCAAACUGCGUGAGGCCGCAGUUGUAUUCAGUCCCAAAACGCAUAUCUCCAUGACUGUGGAGACGACAUCGCCAGCAGUCGUGGUGUACACGGCGACUCAUUUACCAAAAGAUGCCAGUGGUGGAGCAGGAGAACGCUUCCAGCGGUAUGGUGGGAUCUGUCUGGAGACACAGUACUUUCCAAACUCGGUUAACGUUCCCUCAUUCCCAAGUACUCUGGUUCGUAAAAAUGAAAAGUACGAUGAGACAACCACUUGUCACUUUAGAAUUAUUCCGUAG